ACGAAGAAGAAUGAAUCCGGAAGAAGAAAAGGAUAGUAAACAUGGCGUCAACCGCUGCGACCCGAACGGCCAGUGGUGCCUUCAAAGCUGUGAAACCACUUAUCAGUCGGGACAUUGAUGAAGCAAAGCGAAGGGUCCGGGAAUUAUAUCGGGCAUGGUAUCGUGAGGUGCCCAAUACAGUCGCCGUGUUCCAGCUGGACAUUACGACCGGCCAGGGUAGAGAUAAAGUGAGGGAGAUGUUCAACAAGAACAAACAUGUCACAGAUCCUCGCAUCAUUGACAUGCUUGUAAUCAAGGGUAAGAUGGAGCUACAGGAGACCAUCGAAGUAUGGAAGCAGAGGACUCAUAUAAUGCGUUAUUUCCAUGAGACAGAGACACCUCGUCCCACAGAUUUCCUGUCUAAAUUUUACUACGGACACGACCCUUGAACUGCCCUAUUUCACCAAACCUACUCUUAUCCCUGUAGGUCCACAGCCAAGAGGUUGUCUGUUAUGUUGUUUGAACUGUAAAUACACUCAUAAUGAUCAAUUA